AAGACAUAAGACAUGGCGGAUGAGGACAAGACAAUAGCAGCCAAACCAGUGGCAGCUCAAGAGGAAGUGACCACCGAAUCGGAGGCCGACAAGAGUAACAGCUUAGGGAUACCGACCGCCGAGUUUGUGUCAGACGUGGAUGAGUUCAUGGGUCGCACGGGAAACGAUGACACCUCACAGGUGUUGAAACAGUUGGACGAAUCGCACACUAAAUACCGGUUUAUGGAGCAGAACCUCAUGCAGAAGAAGCGCAGACUCAAGAAACAGAUCCCAGACAUCGAGACGUCCAUCGAUGUCCUCAAACUCGUCAAACAUAAACGGGAUAAUAAGGAGGAAACGGAGACACAGUUUAUGCUCUCAGAUCAGGUGUACAUGAAGUCCACGAUACCGGCCACUGAUAAGGUGUGCCUUUGGUUAGGGGCAAACGUGAUGCUCGAGUACACCAUCCAAGAGGCGGAACAGCUGCUGAAAAAGAACUUCGAGACCGCCAACAAGAAUCUGCAGCAAAUCGACACCGACUUAGACUUCUUGAGAGAUCAGAUCACGACCACUGAAGUAAAUAUGGCUAGAGUUUACAAUUGGGACGUGAAAAAGCGACAGUCCCUCAAGAGUAGUACCGGUGCCGUAGCCACUACGGCUGCUACCAUGGUGUUGACAAAGAAGGGCAUUCACGUGGACAGGGAUGUGACAAUUGACGGCACUUUAUAUGCCAAACAAAUUAAAACGAUGGACACGAAGCAGAGCCUCACUUUUGAUUCACUCACCGACGAGAAGAUUGUAUUGAAAAACAGCGACAUUUGGGAAAAUAGUCUAUCAUUAGGAGAUGGGAAACUGGAGGUGCAGUCAAAUAACUUCCAGAUCCGAUCGACAGAUCCAGAUAUUGACGACAACACGGAUGACAUACUGUUUAACGUAGAGCCGGGAGAGAUCACCCUUCAGGCCAAAGAUUUCUUGCAGCCCUCCCUCGGCGGACACAAUAUCAACACAUCGCUGGAAACCAAUUCAAUUCGCGGUCAUCUCUAUCACGACUUGAGACUGGAGUCGCGUACACAACAAGUGAUCAUUAAUGGAGACGAAGACAUACACCUAGAGUCCAGGGGCGGAGAUAUCAUGUCUCAGUCUUACGACAACACCAUAAUGACCGCCAAUGACGCUAUACUCAUGCAGUCUAAGCGCCUGGAGUUCAGAAAUUUAGCCAAAUUUGACAAAUCUGUCGAUGAGCUGAAUCCCAGGGAUUCAUAUCAAUUAUGCCUGUGCGAGUCGGGCCAGUUGUUUGCCGUACCGCCCGAUAGCGUAUGUAAGGCCGACGCCCACUGGUGUAGCACUCGGACCGACGAUAAAUAGUCGACUGUCCACUCAUCGCGUGUUUAUUAACUCAUUUUGACUACAAUAAAACUUUAGGUUUAAUUAAAUGCAUAUAAAAGCAAUUAGAGGAAAGUUGUUUGAUUUUUAAUGUCUAGAAUACAGUAUUACUCGAAAUAGUGUGGAAUAAGUAUUAUACAGAUGUAUGAAUGAGGUACCGGUGCUUAAAAGUGUUCAAUAAAAAAUACUACAUACUAAUUAAUUAUAUUACAAUCGCGUAAUAAAUAGUAAAAGUAGUAUUUGAUUGUCAAAUAACACCAUAAAACAUGAUUUUUAUUUAAAAACUUUUACCGU